GAAAAUCGGCAAGACACGCGAUUACAAACAAGGAAACUUAUUACUUAUUUGUAUAAGAUAUUGUAGAAGAGAUAUGAGUUAAACAAUGGUUGAAUUAAAAAAACAACAAAAAAUACUUUCAUAACUCGAUUUAAAAUUGUUUUUUGCAGUUUCACUGUAAGUGAGUGAAAGUUUCAUCGCACUGCAAUUUUUUUUCAACAAGAGUGAAUUAUUCUUUAUUAAAGAAAAAUGUCUACAACAAAGCUUUACUAUUUUCCUGCAAGUGGUGCAGCUAGAAUUGCACUUAUGGCUGCAAGAUUGGUUGGAGUACCUAUACAAUUAGAAAUAGUGGAUUUAAUGAAAAAGGAGCAAUAUAGUGAAGCUUAUUUGAAGAUAAAUCCACAACACUGCGUACCCACUCUUGAUGAUGAUGGCUUUAUACUUUCGGAGAGUCGCGCUAUAGCAUGUUACUUAGCGGAUAAAUAUGGAACCGAUGACACGAUUUAUCCUAAAGAUCUUAAAAAACGCGCCAUAGUCAACCAGCGACUUUACUUUGAUUGUUCGAAUUUAGUUGUUAAGAUGAGAGCUAUUUGUUAUCCUAUCAUAUACAAAGGUGAAACAGAAAUAAAAGAGAACCUGCGAGACGAUUUUAAUGCAUCUUUAUCGAUUUUAGACAAGUAUUUGGAGAACAAAUGGGUUGCUGGUGAACAUGUAACUAUUGCAGACACAACUAUUUAUGCCUCUAUGUCAGGAAUAUUUGCAAUAGGUUGGGAUUUAUCCUCUUUUCCAAAUAUUCAACGCUGGCUCAAAGACUGUUCUGAUUUACCUGGUUAUGAAGAAAAUGAAAAAGGUUCUCAAAUAUUUGCAGAAGCUGUAAAGAAGAAUCUGAAACAAUGAAAUUUGCAAUAUGAAUUUUAUGAAGAUAAUUAUUAUUUAAGUUUAUUUUUCAACAUUCCACUUUUUUCUACAAGGGAAUUAAAAUGUUUAUAAAGAAAAUGUUACAUUUAAUUCAUAACAAUGCCUAAGAUGCUAGUUUUAUACAUGUAUAGCUGUUUAAGCAAAAACAUUAAUUUAACAC